UGAAGAUCUAUUCAGGGGCAAAAUCGAGAAAGUAGCACAGCUCUGCCUUUGUGCCCUUCCCCAAUCUCCGGUCUUCGCGACCGAGCCGCCCCUUCGCCCUCCUCUCUCCACCUCUGCCAUGGCCCAACCCACCUUCCUCUCCUCUCUGCGCUCCCGCUUCCGGUCUACGCAGCCGCAGCUCCCUCACCUCCAGCCUCGCCGCGGGUACCACGUCGAACUCGGCGCACGCGAGAAAGCGCUUUUAGAGGAAGAUGCUGCUUUGAAGAGGUUCAAAUCAUACAAGAACAGUGUAAAAAAGGUCUCCAAAAUUGGGAAUGUUCUCACUCUUGUUGUUGUUGCUGCCUGCAGCUAUGAGAUCGUUGCACUGGCAACAAGCACACAAUGAAGGAAAGUGAAAUCGUGCAGGAGAACUUAGAUCAACCAGAAAAUGAUUCAUCAACAUAAACUGCCAUUUUAUCAGCACUUGUUCUGGGCCUCAAGUGUCUAAUCGCGCCAUGUGAAAUAAAACAAACUAGGCGGAACUUAUUUGUGAAUAGCUUGCUAAUUUCUUUGCCUAUUGUUACUUGUACACACAGUGAAGGUUUGGUUUCCGGGAGGAAUCAUUUUGCUACAUGCUAUGAUGUUUCAAUAAAUGGGUGACCUCAGAUCUUUCAUCAUGCUUU